GAAGAUGGCGAGGGUUUUUGGCUUUAGCUCAAACUCCGCUGUAAACCUUUCCAAACUACAGAUUUGGAUCACUUCAGGGGCAUUGGAUCGAAUUCCCCCUCUUUGCGGAGAAGAUGCAAUCGAUUCGUAGCAGUACAAGGUUGCUCCACAGGAACCGUUUCUCAAACGCCAACACUCUUCCUCGUUUCACUUCGUCUUCUUCUCCAACCUUGCCUGCUAAUGAAUCGAGGAGUGUACGAGGGUUUGAUUCUUCCCGUUCCACCGGAGCUUUUGAUUCGCCAGCGAAGUAUCUCAUUAGUUCGUUGACAAAGGCUGUUUCUUUCUCUUCCGCACUACCUAAACAUAACUUAACGUAUUCAUCGAGGUGCUUUUCCACCGUUGGAGAUUCUGUUCAGUCUGCUCCUCAAGGAUUCCCUGUGUCAGCUCCUGAUGCGCCUCCGAGAAUCAAGUUCAAGCGGCUUGAUAAAACCGCCAAGCAUAUCAUGCAGAUUGUAGACAAGGAGGCUGUGGAGGAAGUGAGAACUCGUAGAGAGAUACCGGAGAUAAGGCCCGGUUACAUUGUUCAGCUUAAAGUGGAAGUGCCUGAGAACAAGAGACGUGUUUCAAUCGUAAAGGGCAUUGUCAUUGCAAGGCGUAAUGCUGGUCUUAACUCUACAUUUAGGAUUAGAAGGCUUGUGGCUGGAGUGGGAGUCGAAUCCAUGUUCCCUUUGUAUUCGCCAAACCUGAGGGAGAUCAAGGUCCUGGACAAGAAGAGGGUAAGAAGAGCGAAACUUUAUUACCUCAGAGACAAGAUGAACGCUCUCAAGAAGCAUUAGCACCUGAAUAAUCAUACAAAAGAGAGUACUCUACGCUCUUAAACAAAAUCUUGAGUGUUUUUUUCUUUAGUGACAGACCUGGCUUUGAGUCACAUAUUGGACUGUGUAAUGUAAUGAAUAAUGAUGGAUCAUUCAAGCUAUUUGUUUCUUUAAGGUUCCAAUAAAUUGGCUUUUGAAGA